UAAGGUUAGGACAGUCGGCCGCGGUUUUCACACCACAUGGUGUUGUUCUUAAGAUAAUUAUAAUUUUCCAACUGUAUAUCCAGUCAACAUGGAAACUGGUUUCCUAAACCCCAUUCAUGAUGAAGAGCAUUUCUCUUCUCCCUUUUACAAUCAGGGUCAUGAACUUGAUGCCAACGAACACAUACUUUUUGGGGAGAUGAUAGUUCCCGAAAUUAUUGAUUAUGAUAGUCUGUGGCCUUCAAACGAUGACACUGAAGUCGGAGAAGAGGAUCAAGCACAAAAAGAAGAAUUUCAAAAAAUGCUUCAUGAAUGGCAAAAUCAUCUUGACUAUAUGCAGGAGCCUGAAGCCAUCAGGCAAAAAGUUCCCCUUGGAAACAACACCACAGAGGAAGUUCCUGAAAUGUUCCCAAGCUCAGACACAUCUUGUGCCAGACCUACUCCAGCCCCGGCUGUUGACCCGAGUAUAGAUGAACUGUUCCCUCUGGAAACACCAAAGACCAAUCCACCUGUGAAUACAGAGGCGACAUUGAAAUAUAGGGAGGCGUUUGCCGUUACUACAGAGUUGAGGAAAAUCAUCAAAAAAGAACCAGAACCUACUGGAACCUUUCAGGAAGAAUUGGAAUUAUCGUCAAAUAUAACAAAAUUAGGUGUGAAGACCGCGGCAAGUAAUGAUAAUUUGCUACAAAAACCCCAUAUCUUUCUGAAGAAAGAAGUUGAAGAGGAACCAGAAAAAGAAGUAGAUGUGGAAACUGUAGAGAGUGAGGAAGUCCCUUUACUGAUGGCUGGAGAUCUGACAAGUCUGCUGGAGCAGUUUGAGGCUACAGAGAAGGUGAAUGCAGUUCAGACACCCCCUUCACCUCCCAGACCUUCAAGUCAGACCAUCCGGGACGCUCUUCCAAUGGAGGUUAUACAGAGAAUCAAGGCUUCCCGUGAGAACCACAAGAAGGUUAUACCAGUCAUACCUGCCAUGCCUAACAAACGUCCAGGCAAGGCUGCCACUAGAAUGCAGGAUGCUGGAGCUACUCUCUCAAGAAAUAAACUUCUUAAAUUGAUAACAGGAGGGUCGAGUGGAGAAUCAGUUCAGUUGGAUCACGACUACUGUACAAACGGAGGCGACUCCACAGCUAGCAGUUCACGCAGCUACUACAUGUCUGACAGCUCCGAGUAUCCUAGCCAGAGCUCCACUCCUGACACAUCCUCACGUCUUCCAGAUUUCAAGAUUUCUAAAGACUCUGGAAGAGUUUGUGACACAGGGUCCAGAAAAGAUUCGGGUUUAGAAUCCGGCGAAAACAGUGAUGAAGAAGUUCCUUUAGUCAAUGAAACAAAAAGCAAGAUAGUUUUCAAAAACGGUAUAGGACAAAAAAGUAUUAGUUUAGUGAAUGAGACUCGGGUGACAGGAAAUAAGAACUCAUUGCUUCGUAAAAAUAUACCUAUGGUUUCGGUUCUUAAAAAGAACAUCAAAGUAGAAAAAGACGCUUUAAAUUCUAGUGAAAUAUCUAAUCAGUGUGCUUCACCGGUUGUACAUAGUGAUGUGGCAAGCACUCAGUGUGAAAUGGACAAACAGGAAAUCGUUAGGAAGAAAAAGAAGCUGAACCUAGAAGAAUAUAGAGUGAGGAGAGAAGAGAGGGAGAGAAUCCGCAGUCAAGAAAGCAGUAGAGCCAACUCCCCUGUUCCCUGUCCUACACCCCCUGCUCAACCAGACUCCACUUCUCAAGAGGGUGUACCUAAGGAAAAACCAUUAAUGCACAGCGUAGAAGUCCAAACUCAAACUUGUGACUUCAUUGACCUCACUUCUUCAAACUCCUCUAAGGAUCAGGAGAAAUCGAGGAUGGACAGUAAAGACAAAAGGAAUGAUCUCAAACAUAGAAGUUACCAAUCCAGGCAUGCAAGCUCGUCUAGUUCUUCUUGUAGUGCUGAGUCUGACCGCCACCGCUCUCACAGGCGGAAAACAAGUAGGAGGAAAAGGAGCAGGAGCAGACGCAAGUCAAGUGUGUCUCGAAUGUGGUCCAGAUCUCCUUCACGCUCAUCUUCAGGAUCUAGCUCUGACUCAUCAAGUCGUAGCAGAUCAAGAUCUAGAUCUCGGGAUGGCUACAGAAGACAGAAGUGGAGGAGUCGUUCUCCAAGACGAAGCCAUCAUCAUGACUCUUCCAGGAACUACAGGAUUGACAGAGACAGAGCUAUGGAGAGAGACAGAUCAUGGCAAAGGAACCAUUCUCCUGUGAGGUCAACCUCCUCUCGCAGUCAGGAAUUCCCCACCCAGGAGAAGACGAAGCAGGUGGAGGAGAGAAGAGUCAUAUAUGUGGGACGCAUUGACGAGGGCACUACCAAGGCAGAUCUCCGGAAGAGGUUCCAACAGUUUGGGCCAAUAGUGGACAUCAGUGUUCAUUUCCGUGAGAGAGGAGAUAACUAUGGCUUUGUAACAUUUGCGUACAAAGCAGAUGCAUACAAGGCGGUGGAGCAUGGCAAUGACGACCCUAAACUGCCUCGCUACGACCUGUGUUUUGGUGGCCGCCGUGCGUUCUGCAAACAACGAUAUGCUGAUCUAGAUGGAAUGGCGACUAACAUGCAAUGCCGUUAUGGUCCUCCUCCUGCCAUGCAGCCACGUUCUAAUGAUUCCUUCGAUCUACUGCUGAAUGAAGUCAAGGCAAAGCUGCGCAAGCGUUCGUGCGUUUGACCCUGGCUACCAGCCGCAACCCUUAGUCAUUGUAAUUUAGUAGACAAUUUUAGUCAAGGAGGUGGUGUUAUUUAUUUUUUACUAAAACUGUAUUAUAGUUGUUAUCAAUGCGUCAUCAUUGUUAAAUUGUUUAGGUUUUUAUCUUUAGAUUGUACGGUGUAGAUUACUGGACUUUUUUUGUAAAUAUAUAUUGAUCAUUCAGGGAAUCAUUUUAAGUAUUAUAUUCAGUUUAAUUUUUGAGCAUCGGGUCUCAUAGCUGUACUCAAUUAUUAGAUUUAGGCACACAUUUCACUUUUUUGUUCUAAUAUCAUAUGGUAAAGAUGGAGCAAAAGAUUUUUCAUUUGUAAAUUUUCAUUUAACGUGCCAUUCUGAAUAUUAUUUUUAGUUUUUUAUUUACUAUCGGUAGGUAAUGUAUCAUUUUAUAAAAAAUCCGGUUUUACCCUAGAUUUACAAUGAUAUUUUACUUUGGUUUAUUUUUAUCAUAGAUAAAUUAAGUACCUGUGUUGUUUUUGUGUUUUAUCAUUUUCAAAUUAUUAUUUUAAAUUCCUAUCCUGUUGUAUUCGCAUGAAGGACAUGAUGUCUUUUAUUUACUAUAAAGACACAUUAUAAUUGAGUUAGUGAAGGACUUGUAGUGUUAUGGGAGUUUUAGGCUGUGCUUAUGACUAUGUAGUUUAUAAGGCCUAUUAGUUGGCAAAUUGGCAUUAAUUGCCAUUAAACUUUACCAGUUGUGUGCUAAGAUUUUAAAACCAAGGAAGGAUUUUGUUGGUGAUAAAGUGUAGAUGUUCUUAAUGCAAGAAUUAAGAUAUUAUUUUGUAGUGUUUUUAGGUUAAAUUAAAUAUUUUAUGUUACCUCGAAUUUUUUGUUCUUUUAGUGCCUUUUUUUGAAAAGGUAUUUAAUGUAUCGAGUUCUUCUUUACCGUUGAAAAAUGACUUUCUAUGGCAGGUGGGUUCGCUGGAGUGCUCUGUGUUCAAAUGCUGAAAGGGUAAAUAAAGCAUUUGAAAAUGGGUUUGAUCAAAUAAUACAGUGGUGAAAUUAUUUUUUUUUUAUUUAUGAUAAGUAUAAAUUUGUUUGCCUUCAUGGUAGCCUACAUUUAUCUUUAACAAGUUACAAUUUUGGUUGACCAACUAAAAUGUAAUUGUGGAUUUUAGAAUAAUAGAGCCAGCUCAGUCAUUCUAAAGUUCACUAAUCUUUUAAGUAUUUAUUGAUACAGGUAGUAUAUCUUUUUUUAUCCAAAUCUUGGCAUUUUUAUCAUCAAAGAGAAAUCACUAAAACUUUCCAGGAAAUAAUUCAAGCUCAAAAACAAGCAAUGUAAUCUUACUCAUCAUUAUCUAGGGAUCAGAUAAAUAUAGCAAAGGAUAGGCCUAUCUGUGCAAUCUUGGAUAGAGAGUGUCCCAGUAAAACAAAACUGAUCAAAUCCUAGUAUGAUUUUGUAAAUCAUUGUAGAAUAUACUUGAAUCAGUCCUAAAACUGUUUGUGCCAGAAUCACUCAACCCUAAUGAUUUUAGGGUGUAACGAUUACUGCCAUGACAAAUCACCAAGCUAAAAUUUAGCCCAAGAUUCAUGUUGAAUCAAAAACAUAAAAUGAGCUAUGCAACUUUAAAAGAUUAAUUAAAUUGAAUUAUUACUUGCAUGACAGUUUCCUUUCAACAAAUUUUAAACAUGGAAAAACUUAGUAGCCUAGUUAGGCAAAAAAAGUAGUUGUGGCGUAUGCGCUGCGUAACAUACGGCACUCCCAACGGUGUGCGCCAGAACCUAUGGUAACCGCAGCACAGCUACAGUCUAUAUUUAAUUCUUUUUGUCUAUGAUAUCUCUUAUCAAGACGAUAUUCAAAGACUCCUGUAUCGGAAUGGAAAUAACCCAACAGUUUUUUUGUUUUGAUGAAACACAGGCAAAUGUUUGAUUCUCUUAGCCCUGAGUAUGAUUAUCCUUUUUAAUUGAGAUUGAAAUUGUUAACAUUAAUUUAACAAAAUAACUAAAGAAAGACCUUCUGCCAUCACUAUCUGUCAACUCUUUGGUUACAACUACAGUUGAACCUCGUUUGUACGAACCUCGAUAAAACGAAUUCCUCGAUAAGACGAAUUUUUUUUAAUCCCCUUGACACCUUCAUAUAGGUCAAUGCUAAAAACACCUCUAUACAACGUAGUAAUUAAUUUAAAAACCUCCAUAAGACGAAUUUGUUUGUGACAUGGGCUAGGACUGAUUAACCUCUAUACAACGAAUAUUCUCAGCACAAAACCUCUACAAGACGAACGUGACCUCUAUAAGACGAAUUUAUCAUAAUCUUAACCUCCAUAGUACGUAGUUUUCAAAACAAACAGAAGCUUGUCUCAACAUGAAACCCCCACCCAUCCCUCCUCCUUCCUCAGUCAUUGUUUGGAAAAACCUUGGAGCGAGGAGAAACCUCUAUAAGAAGAAUAACAGCAGCAUUAAACCUCGAUAAAACGACCCUCUUUAUUAAGAAUACCUCUAUAGUACGAAUUUUUCCCGUACCCCUUGAAAUUCGUCUUAUAGAGGUUCAACUGUACAACUGAAACACUCAUUAAAAUUCUAUACCACAUUUUUGUAUAUUAACAAAUAACAAUUAAGUUAUACAAGUUUACAAAGAAAAGCUGAAGUUCGGUUAUAAAUGUUAUUAUUACUGGAAAUCAUUUCCAGAACUUGAAAUGUUGAUUUGAGGGGCGUGUGUAAAUAAAUAUAAGUUUUAAGUUCUGUUUGUAAAUAUCCUUUAGGCCUACAUUAUUUCAGAAGACUUCCAUUUUUCCACCGAACAUACAACAUAAGUAUCAUUUUAUUUAUUGUGGUUUAAUAAUUAACUAACAUGGUUUUACAGGUUUUUAGUUAAAUUUCUGUUUGAAAUCAUCAUUUUAUUGGGUUAGCUUUUGGUUUUAUAAAUACUGUAGUUGUAUUUUUAUAUCAUUGAUGUUUUCAUAUUGAUUUUCAAUUAAAUAUAUGUGAUUUAAAUUGAA